UUUUUAAUUCCUAUCCAUUUAUUUGACAGUAAUACAUAUUUCUAUAUUUCACCGUGCAGGUUUCCAUCUACUGAAUAAAUAAAAUUCGGACUUCGUACUUUGUAAUGAGACGAUAAAUGUGUGGGCAGUGAAAGAAGGAGGCAACAAAACAAUCGUAAACUAUACUAACUAAAUAAAAUCAAACAAAAGGAGUUUUAGGAGAAUAUUCGAAGGGUUUUCGGAACACCGAUUUAACGCUCAACAACAACAAAAAAUGUUCAGCAGACUACGUGAUUUCGCCACACGUCACCGACGAAAAUUUAUAGUCACAGGCGUGCUAGUUGGAGGCACAUAUGUAGCUAUCAAAUAUGCACAGCGAAAACUUAUUGAAUAUCAAACGCGUCAAGCACGCGAAUUUUUCGAAAAGACAAAGCGUAUGCAACAUUUUGAAACAACAGAACAUACUUGCAAUAAGGUAAUUAUUGGAAUGGGCACCGAAUUAUAUGCAGCCAUAAUACGUGAAUGCAAUACCAACGCUUUGCUGGAUCAACUUCGUCAGAAUCCACCGAAUAAACUAGAAUUGUGGGAAGAAAUGAAGAUUGUCGCGUUCACGCGUCUGACAACAUUCAUUUAUGCUUCAUCGAUGUUAGUCAUUGCCUUGCGUGUACAAAUGAAUUUGCUCGGCGGCUACCUAUACCAAGACGUCACGUUGGAACGAAAACAAAUCUUAGAAGAACUGAAACAACAGUAUCUCUCACUCAUUGGUUACUUCAUACAUGAUGGUGGCUUAAGUGAGCUAAUACGUAUAAUACGUGCCAAAGUACUUGUUGUUAUGAAGACAUUGCCGCUGUCGAAACGUUUUAGUCUUUCAGAUAUAGAACAGCUCUUUUGGACGCUACAAAUGGCCAUAAAUAGCGAUGCAGGCGAUCCCAUUGCAAAAAUGGCGACUUACUUAUUGCCGCCACAAGUGCCAGAAUAUAAUACAGUGGGACCACUGCUGCAAAAAAUGUACAAUGAAACGUUAGACUUGCUGGAGAGCGACGAUGCCGCAAGUGUUUGCUCGAACAGUAUCUGUCGAGGCUUUUCCCUGACGGUAGAUGCCAUCGCAGAAAGUAUUGGCGAUACAUUAACGCAAGCGCAAAAGGCUACAGCAAACGAAGAAAAUAAAACCACGCAAAAGGGCGAUGGUGGCGACGUGGCAACCUCGAAUAGUGUACUCAGCAUAAACAGCGUGGAAAUGGCUUUAGCUAAACUUAUACCGAUUGUAAGUGGCUUAACGUCGCAAGGAUUCGAUGAAAAAUCACGUCCACAGAAUUUGGCGACCUCGCUGAUCACAUUUUAUAUGGUUGAUGAGAAGAGCAAAGUAUUUGGUGCGAAUGUGUAUGAAACGUUUAGCUCCACAUAAAUAUGUUUAUUGUCAAAUGUAAUACAAUAAAUAGGUUGCCUCUGAAGCGCAAACCUAUUUUUGACUGUUUGAAGAAAAUUUAAAUUUUUAAAUAUUUUGUUUGCAAUAGCAAAAAUGUACCUACAAAAGCUUGUAACUUUAAAACUAGCUUUUAAAGACGCCAAAACAAAACAGCAGUAGGCAAGAUAACAAGAAAAUCUUGUGAAGACUAGUUAGACCGCAGUAGAAUUUUAUAAAUUCACCAGCGCAGUUGCAUUGAAAAUGGUAUUAGGGCAAAAAUAGUUUGUAAAAUUAUAUGUACUCAAAUUUUCAGUGACAUUAAACGAAAUAGGCUGUCAUUCAGUGAAUUGUAAAAAAUAGCUGCCCAUUUU